AUGACGUCGAUAGGAACAGGCUACGAUCUUUCGAACUCUGUGUUCUCACCUGAUGGGCGAAACUUCCAAGUUGAAUAUGCGGUCAAGGCAGUAGAAAAUGGGGGAACCAGCAUCGGAAUCCGGACGAAGCACGGCGUGGUCCUUGCCUGCGAGAAGAUCAUAUCCUCCAAGCUGUUAAAGCCCAGCGCCAACAUGAGAAUAUCAACGGUGGAUCGCCACGCAGGUGUUGUGACUUCAGGAUUGUUACCAGAUGGCCGUCAUCUCAUCAGCAGAGCAAGAGACGAAGCAAGCAGCUGGCGGCAGACAUACAAAGGUCCUAUCCCCGUCAGUGCUCUGGCUUCGAGGAUGGGAGGCUAUGUCCAGGCAUACACACUCUAUUCGAGUGUACGACCAUUUGGAGUCACAGCUAUUCUGGGUGGAUGGGAUUCAGAAGCUGAGCUAGGCGUGGACGGACAAGUCGGAUUCGGCCCAUCCACUGGCGCAGGAGGGAAAGCGGAGGACGAAGCCGUCAAAAGAGGUGGUCCCGGUCUUUACAUGAUUGAACCUAGUGGGUUGUACUGGGGUUACUAUGGUGCUGCAACUGGCAAAGGCCGACAAGCUGCAAAGGCCGAGUUAGAAAAGCUGGAUCUGGACUCCCCGACCUGCUCUCUGACGCUGAAAGAUGCUGUUAUGGAGGCUGCGAGAAUCAUCUACGUUGCACAUGAGGAUUCCAAAGACAAGGAAUUCGAACUGGAGAUGACCUGGAUCUCGACGCUGGACGGCCCAACGAAAGGUCGACAUCAACACGUUCCACAAGAACUGCUGGAGGAAGCCGAAAAGGCCGCCAAGAAGAGUCUAGAGGGAGACGACGAUGAAGAAGAAGAGGAAGAAGGAGAUGCCAUGCAGGAGUGA